AUGAGAGAGCACCAAGAAAGAGUCGACAAAAUACCGGGUGCCCCGAAACUCUUGCCAAAAGGAGAUUCUGGUUGGUUUGUCGAACAACCAUACAGUGAUGAAGCCGCCCCGCAUGCCAUACCAAAGACCUUCAAAAUGCCACCCUAUCUGAAAAUAUAUGACAACACGACCGAUCCUGAAGAUCAUGUGACUCACUAUGUCACUACUAUAAAAGGCAAUGACCUUGUCAAUGAACAAGUAUCCCCCAUCUUGUUGAAAAUGUUCUGCAAGAUCCUCACUGGAGGAGCAUUAACUUGGUAUUCCCAUAUGCCCACUCGUUCCAUUAAAACAUUCGAAGAGAUGGCCGACAAGUUCGUAACAGCCCAUGCUGGGACCAAAAAGAAAGAGGCAAGAGUGAACGAUAUAUUCGCCAUAAAAAAAUCCCUCGGUGAAGGAUUGGAGGACUUCCUUGCUCGAUUCAACCGAGUAAAUAUGACCUUACCAAAUGUAUCGGAAGGAAUGGUCAUAGCAACUUUCCAAAACAGGCUGAGCAGGAAUAGUUCAAGGGAGACUAGAAAGUUAUUAAGUCGGCUUAUGAAAUAUCCCCCAACCACUUGGGAUGAAAUACAUAACGCCUACUGUGUUGAGGUCUGUGCAGACGAGGACGACCUAAAUGGGCCAACUCAUCGGUUGACCUCGGUACAGGCCGAGUCCAGGAAGGAUCGACAAAACGAUGUCAAGAGAGAUCUCGCAGCUCCACGACCUAAUCGAGAAUGGCACCGGUCGUAUAUUAGAAGCACCAUCAUGCCACCUCCCGCCACGAGGAGGGCCCACCCAGACUAA